AUGACUGUAUUGAAAGAGCAACUCGCAACUCUAGUCAAGAAUUACUCGGCUUGUGAUAUAUCUCCGCAGGUCUCAGACGCCCUGAUCAAACUCCAGAAAACACCAGAAGGAAGCACCCCUCGAGCAGGGUACCUCGCAGACCUAGUGCCCUUCUCCCCAAUAACAGGCCGAAAUGACCAAUCCGCCAAAAUCGCCGCCCCAGCAACAACAUUUAAAUUCAUCUCCAAAAGCGCCUCGCCACCAGGUAUAGCAACAGAACAACGCUCGAAACACGGCUUCGAACCAGGUAGGCACUGGGUUGACCAUGUAGGGGAAUACGCAGCAGCGGAUCCAUCCGGGGCCGGGUCAAUUGUCGUGAUUGAGCAGCCGGAGGAUCAGUUUUGUGCUGUUACAGGUGGGAUCAUGGCGACGAGGAUGGUUGCGGUUGGGAUUGUGGGGACUGUGGUUAGUGGGCGGGUUAGGGAUUUGGGGGAGUUGAAAGAGACGGGGCUUCCGAUCUGGGCCCGGGCUACGUCGACGGUUGGGACGAAUGCCGAGGCCAAAGCUGGGGCUCGUGAUGUGCCGGUUUGUAUUGGGGGUGUUACUGUUUCGCCGGGGGAUAUUAUCUUCUGUGAUCCUUUGGAGGGCGUGGUUGCUAUUCCUCGUGGAUUGCUGGACCAGGUGCUUGAAAUCAUGCCUCGGUUGAUUGCGAUGGAUGAUCAGGCGAAGGCAGCUGUUGCCCAGGGUAUGAGUGUUACGGAUGCAUUCAAGAAGUUCCGCUCUGGGGUGUGA